UCAUCAAAUUCAGCAUAUGGAAAAUAAUAUUCCUGCAAAAAUACAAGAAUAUGUAAAUUCUGAACAACCAAAAAAUAUUGAAGAACCUUUGACAACCGUGGAGUAUGCAAAUAAUACAUUUAACAAUAUUACCAUCUGUAAUGGAGAUACUACUGCAAAUGGUGCAGCAUUAAUUAAUGAUAUGAAGAGCUGCAAAAAAGUUUUAUUUAAUGAUCCUGAAAUACCACGCGUAGAACUAGUGACACAAGAGGAGUUUCACAAAAUACCUAAGUAUAUGAUUGGAAGAUACACACUUGAAACUUUAAAUAGUUUAGUAGUUAGUAUAAACCAAAUUAUUAAAGCAAAAUAUUCAAUAAUUGCCUUGGGUAAAAAUGGAGCAAGAAAAAAAGGUGAAUUGGAUCUGUAUUUGCAUUACAAAAAGGAGCAAACAGGUCUUGGAAAAGAAGAAGAAAAUACUUAUUUUUUUACAGGAGAGGAUUAUGAAAAAUAUAUAAAAGCCAAACUAGACAAAACGAAAUUGAAUUUAUUAAUCGCACUGCGUCAUUGUAAAAAAUUAAGAGAAAUCAGAACGGCAAAAACUGUACACUAUGCUUUAAUUUUACCCAGUUAAUUGCAAGAAUAAUACUACACUUGCUUCAAAGAAUUGAAAAAUGUUCAAAUAGGUAAGCUAAUUGAAAUAACAAAAAAUUAUGUUUGAAGAAUACAUAUAAAAUGUUAAGUUUAAAAAUGUAUUUUAACACAAGACUUAUGUAUAGUUAGAUUUGCUAAAUUUGAAGAUAUAUAUUUAAUACAGUUCAAUACAAAAUUAAUGAUUGCAGCACAUAACAAUUUGCUGUAAAUGAUUUGUAAAUAAUGAAAAAUACAUAUUUAUAUAAAAUAUACUCUAUUAACAAAAAAUUAUUUGAAAUAAGUAUUAUUAGUAGUUUUGAAAGUGAAUUUUGUAAAUAAAAGUGAGUAUUUUUUUAUUUGUUUUAACGAUACCCAAUAUAAAAAAUAUUACAGCAAUAUUGAUUUAUUUUAUUUUGUUUGUGUCUAAUACAUAUAUCCAAUCCAAUAAUAUAACUGUCGGAUACUGUUUAGCUAUUUACUUGUAGUCAGUAACGUGCGAUCGGUUGUCCGAAACGAAUAAAACUAUCGCAGCGCCUGAGGCGGCGAAAGUAAGUAUUACAGUCGAUUACUUUAAUUAUACUACAUACCUAUGUAGUAUGAACAUUGAAUUAAACUUGUGCUAUGCAUAUAUAUAAUUAUACAAAAAAUGGGUAAUUCUACUUGCUGUGUGGUAAAUUGUAAAAAUAAUGCUAGAAACAGUUCAUACAAAUUUUAUAUAUUUCCAACCGCAAAGCAUUGGUUGCCACAAAAAGAAAAGUGGAUUGCAGCUAUUAAAAGAAUCAAUCCGGACGGCUCGCCUUGGGUACCUAAAAAACAUGACGUUAUUUGUAGUGCACAUUUUAUUGGCAAUAAAAAAUCACAGCAUCCUUUAAGUCCCAGUUUUGUUCCAACUAUCUUCCCUUCUGAAUACACAAAAAGACCAGUAAAUGAAAAAAACAAAAUCGAUAGAAAUGAGCGCUUCAUUAAACGAAAUAAUCAAAACAUUUUGCCAUUGUCACCUAUCUCGUCGACUAUAGUCAAAAUAGAACCACAAGGUAGUAAUGAACAUAGUCAAAUCAAUACAGAUGAUGAUAUUACAUUUGAAUACAUUAAAAUUAAACUUAAAGUUUUUAAUGAUACUAAACAUGAUGACUUUAGUACACUUGUAGAUAAUAGUCCAAAAUUUGCUGAUAAAGAGUGCCAAGUACACAUCUUUAUGGAUGCUCUAAAACCAGAAAAAACAUUUAUUUGCAAUAGAUACAUGAGCAAUAAUUUUUCCAAUGAUAUUGAAAUUCAAACAGACAUUACAGAAACCAGUCGUAUCAUAGUUAUACCAAAUCAGAAAAGGUUUAAAAAUAAAAUAUGCGGAACGCCACAAAAAAUUACAUAUUUUACUGGAUUUUCAUCAAUAAAUAAAGAUGAACAAAUGUUAGAUCUUGCAGGAGUAAAUUUUUGUAAUUUUUAUUUUCUGUUAAAAAAAGUAACGAAAAAUCCAGAAAAUUGCAAAAUUUCUAAAGAAAACAGACUGCUUAUAAACCUAGUUAAAAAGAAAACUGGCCUGUCUUUUUCAGCACUCAGUGUUUUAUUUUGUGUACAUAGGACUACGAUUUCUAGGAUAUUUAAAUUUACAUCAGAAGAACUGACUCAUGAUGCAUCAAAUUUAGAUUUAUGGCCGAAAGAGCUCAAGCACUUAGUACAGAGCACAUUUGAAUCUGAGACUCAAGAUCAUAAUCUAAAAAAAAGAAAAAUUGAAAAAUAAUAAUUGUUGGUUGGUUUAAAUUAAAAUCAUACAUUCAAAGUUGUAGAGUCAAUAUUUAACAUCAAAAUUAGUAUAUUUUAUACAAAAAGUUUUUUAUUAUUUAAUGAAUAACUCGCUUCUACUUGAUAUUUCGUUGAUUUUGCCGCCAUUCGUACUUCAAUUUUUGGUUUCAUGGAUGAGCAAUAAGGUAUGGUUAGUAUAAUGAAAUCUCUAUGUAUGUAUGUAUCCAAAUACUGAUAGGCAAGGGUAUAUAUAUCAUAAUAGGAAUUAUUGAAUAAAUAGAAUAAAUAGAGAAACAUUCGUAGAGACAGGAAUUUUUGGAUAAAUAGAACAAAUAGAAAAACACCUUUAGAGAAAAACGUUUCUAGGGAAUCUGGAGAGUGGCACUUACAGAAAAAAAUAAAACAUGCCUCUAACUGGAGGUUAGUUUCGGCGUUCAAAAUCUUUUUUGUUAUUGUUUCUUAUGUAAAUAUUAAUCAGUGUGAUACUCAUUUAAAUUAAAACAAAUUUAAUAAAGAAUAGACUGCAUUCGGCCUUGUAACUGUUGCUUUUUUAUGGGGUGUAACAAAUCCUUUUAUGAAGAAAGGGGCUGAGGGAAUAAAUAGAGUGAAGUCAUCUUCUAAAUUAAAUCAAAUUUUUCGAGAUAUAUAUUAUUUAGUUACAAAUUUAAAGUACAUGCUUCCUUUUCUGGUUAAUCAAACUGGUUCAUUGCUGUAUGUUUUAUUACUUCAACAAACAGAUUUGUCAUUGACAGUUGUUGUUGUUAACUCUCUAACUUUUGUCAUUACUGCCUUAACGGGUUCAUUUUUAGGAGAAGAAAAAGUUAACCGAAAUACAUACAUAGGAGUGGUUUUGGUUUUAUUGGGAACAAUGAUUUGCUGCCUUGAUAAGAUGGAUUGAAGGUUUUCUAUAUGACGAUGCGGUAAAAACGGGAGACAGUGAAAGAGAAAAACAAAGACAUAAUAUUAAUUAGUAUUGAAUUAUAUUUAUUUAACUCAAAUUGUUUAAUCGUGUUACAAAAUAUAACUUGUUCUGGAGCUAUGCACCAUCCCGCCAAUCGGACAAUUUGAACCUAUGUUUAGCAAGAUUCAACGAUUAAGUACCACCUAGAUCCUCGCCGGACGAGAACGAGCUGUACUUGUCAUGUGCUCGUUCGCCGUACAGAGCCAUACCGACGUAAUGAACGCAUUCUCAUCUAUCGCCAGAAAUUUAACCGAGUAAAUUUGGUAGAGAGAAGGUUACGUGAUGGAUGGUUUGGUGAAAAUUUCUUCUUCUAGCCGAUGAUUUUAAAUUCAAAAAUGGCUUGUUCUCGUGAUUUAUCCAUGUUAUAUGUAUAUAUUAGGUUGACGCGGCGAAAGAGAGCUGCGACUCGCUCUUUUUAUUGUCCCUAUAGCCGUUAAAUUUGAUUCGAAAUGCGUAUGUUUUUGAAUGUUAUUGUUGAUUAAGGCAAACAUAAAAUAUAGCUUUAAUUUGUCA